AUGACCGUGGCGAGCUGGCUGUGUGGUUCUCAGGAGGAAUCGGCUGAGCUCUGGGAUUGGAACCGGACGUGGUACACGGCCACCCCAAGCUUGACCCCGUGCUUUCAGACUACAGUGCUGCUCUGGAUUCCCUGUGUCUACCUCUGGGUCUCGUUUCCCUUCUAUUACUUUUAUCUCCAGAGAAACAACAGGGGUUAUAUCAGGAUGUCGGCUGUCUUCAAAUCCAAAAUGGUUCUUGGCUUCGCCUUGCUGUUGCUGUGUUUUGCGAGCAUCUUUUUCGUUCUCCGGCAAGCAGUCCAAGGAGUCCCGCAGCCGCCAGGUUCAGUCCUCAGCCUUGCUUUGCAGAUGGUCACCCUGGUCCUUGUUGUGUUUCUCACUCAGACAGAACGGUUGAAGGGGGUCCGGUCUUCAGGCGUGUUACUGGUUUAUUGGUUGCUGUGUUUCUUUUCUGCCACCAUCUCCGUAAGCUCUAAAAUUCAACAUGCCCUGGAAGGUGGCUUCAGAAGCGACCCCUUCCACCACGUUACCUCGUAUAUUUACUUCACGUUGAUCUUACUGGAGUUGGUACUUUGCUGGUGCACCGAUCAGGCUCCCUUCUUCUCCCACGCCGCCUCUGAUAACCCGUGUCCAGAGGGCAAGGCCUCGUUUGCUUCCCAGAUCACUUUCUGCUGGUUCCUUGGGUUGCUCUGGAAGGGAUAUUGGCGGCCGUUACAAACAGAAGACCUGUGGUCCUUAGCAAGAGAAAAUACCUCCGAAGAGAUUGUGACUCAGGUUGAAAAGGCAUGGAGAAAGAAUCGCCCAACGGCCAGGCAAGUUGCAGGAUCGGUGCAGUUUAGGAGCGAGCGAGCAAUGGAGGAGCCAGGGGAAACCUCUGUCCUGCUCCAGACGGAAUAUUAUCCUAGCAAGCCGCUGCUGAAAGCUUUCUGGAGUGUGUUUGGGCCAUCCUUCCUCCUCGGGACGUUGGCUUUGGUUGUCGGCAAUGUCUUCUUAUUUUUGAUCCCAAAGACCCUGAGCCUUUUCCUCGACUUUGUCGCUGAUCGAGAAGCUCCUUCUUGGAACGGGUAUUUCUAUGCUGUGCUGCUGUUCCUGUUAGCCUGUCUCCAAACGCUGUUCGAGCAACGCUACAUGUAUGUGUGUCUCGCUUUGGGAGUGAAAUUAAAGACUGCCGUGACAGGCCUUGUUUAUCGCAAGAUCUUAGUCCUGUCGGCUGCAGCCAAGAAAGCAGCAACAGUUGGAGAAAUAGUCAACUUGGUGUCUGUGGAUGCUCAGAAGCUAGCAGACCUCAUUGUCUACUUUAACGGAACCUGGGUGGCCCCUGUGUGGAUUGUCGUCUGUUUUGUCUUCCUUUGGCAGCUCCUUGGGCCGUCUGCUUUGACUUCCGUUGCGGUGUUCCUGUUUCUCUUGCCUCUGAACUUUGUGAUCACCAAGAAAAGAAGCCGUUUCCAGGAAGUCCAAAUGCGCCAUAAGGAUAAUCGUGCCAAACUGAUUAGCUCUAUGCUCAGCAACAUCAAAACCCUCAAGCUGCAAGGCUGGGAAGAGCACUUCAUGGGCCAAGUGUUGGACACGCGACGGCAGGAACUCCGGGCACUGAAGAUUUCUCAGAUUCUCUUCUCGGCUUCUUUGGCUUCUUUCCACUCCUCAACAUUCCUAGUCACUUUCAUCAUGUUCACUGUCUAUACCUUGGCAAAUGAGCACAACGUCUUGAAUGCCCAGAAGGCCUUUGUCUCUUUGGCACUGGUCAACAUCCUCAACACGGCUCAUUCGUUCCUUCCCUUUUCCAUUAACGCCGUCAUGCAAGCCAAGGUUUCCCUCAGACGUUUAGCCACCUUUCUUUGCCUCGAAGAGCUGGAGCAAACGGCAGUGAACUGUGAUUCCUUCGACUGCAUACAGGGUCCUGUGGUUGUAAGGAAUGGGACUUUCACCUGGGGGACGGAAUGUCCCCCCUGCCUUAAAAGGAUAAACCUUACUGUACCCCAGGGUGGUCUCUGUGCUGUGGUUGGCCAGGUCGGAGCAGGCAAGUCCUCUUUACUGUCAGCAUUACUUGGGGAGCUGCAGAGAACAGAAGGCUUGGUGGCCCUGAAGGGCACCGUGGCCUUCGUUCCCCAGGAACCCUGGAUACAAAACGCUUCUGUGGAAGACAAUGUUGCCUUUGGACAAGAGAUGGACAGGAAAUGGUAUGACCGAGUGAUCGCAGCCUGUGCCCUACAGCCAGACCUAGAGAGCUUGCCUGCUGGGAAUCAGACUGAAAUAGGGGAGAAGGGCAUAAAUAUUUCCGGGGGACAGAAGCAGAGGCUGGGGUUGGCCCGUGCAGUGUACAAGAAGGCCUCAGUUUACCUCUUGGAUGACCCGCUGUCUGCUGUGGAUGCCCAGGUUGGCCAGCAUGUUUUUGAACAGGUUCUUGGACCCAAUGGCUUGCUGAAGGACAAGACUCGUCUUAUGGUGACUAAUGCCGUCCACCUUUUGCCCCGAGUGGAUAAGAUUUUUGUGAUGGCCGAGGGGCAGAUCUUCGAAACUGGGUCCUACCAAGAACUUGCCCAGAGAGAAGGAGCUUUUGUGGAAUUCCUGAGGUCGCACGGUACCCAAGAGAAAGAGGACCCAACUUUGCAAGGGAUUGCAGGUACAGGACAUGGCCCCGAGACGAUCCCACCAAGGCCUGCCACCCUUCAAGGAAAGCCUGCAGAGCUCGAAGGAGGCGGAUACAAACCAACAGAAAACAUGACGGAACCGAAAACAGGAGCCGAAAGAGAAUUAAUUGGCAGGGUCAAGGCUUCAGUCUUCCUAAGCUACCUGCGAGCCAGCGGCUACCUCUUCUGGGCCUACAUUGUGUUUCUCUUCCUCUGCCAGCAAGCAGCCUCCUUCUGCCGCGGCUAUUGGCUGAGCCUCUGGGCCAACGACCCCGUUUGCAACGGGACACAGCAGCACACGGAGCUCCGCGUAGGAGUGUUCUUUUUCCUCGGCAUUGCUCAAGCCCUCAGCAAGUUUGGGUCAACAGCUGUCGGGUUUCUGGCUGGGGCGAUGGCAUCCCGCAAGCUCUUCACGCGCCUUCUUCUGGACGUCGCCCGGUCUCCCAUGAUGUUCUUCGAACGCACGCCCACUGGGGACCUGCUGAACCGCUUCUCCAAAGAAAUGGACGCCGUUGAUUCCAUCCUUCCAGACAAGCUGAAGUCCUUGCUGGGGUUUCUGUUCCAUCUCCUGGAGAUUUACGUUGCGAUCACGGUGGCCACUCCAAUAGCCGUGGGGGUUAUUGUGCCCCUGACCGCCUUGUACGCCGUGAUCCAGAGCUUCUUUGUCGCCACCUCCUGCCAGCUAAAACGCCUGGAAGCCCUCAGUCGUUCGCCUGUCUAUUCCCACCUUGCAGAGACUUUUCAAGGAAGCAGCAGCAUCCGUGCGUACAAAGACCAGCAGCGGUUCGUCUCGCGGAACGAUUUCAGGGUGGAUGAAAACCAGAGGGCCGCUUUUCCCGCCGUGGUGGCCGACAGGUGGCUCGCCACGAACAUGGAGUUUCUUGGGAACGGCCUUGUCCUUUUCGCAGCUUUACUCGCCGUGAUUAGCCGUCCGCAUCUCAGCCCGGGAAUUGUUGGCUUUUCUGUUUCUUGUGCUCUUCAGGUAACUGUUGUUUUGAACUGGAUGGUGCGUUCCUUGGCAGAAAUGGAGAACAACAUUGUGUCGGUGGAGAGAGUGAGAGAUUACUCAGAGGCACCCAAAGAAGCUCCUUGGACUUUGGGUAGCGACUCUGUAGGUGAGGAAUGGCCUACUGAAGGAACGAUUGAAUUUAAAGGCUACAGUCUGUCCUAUGGGCCCGGCUUGGAGUUAUCGCUGAAGAAUAUUAACGUAAAGAUUAAUGGACGAGAAAAAAUUGGCAUAUCUGGACGGACAGGGGCUGGGAAAUCCUCUCUGGUAAUGGGCCUCCUCCGACUAGUGGAAGCGGCAGAAGGAGAUGUCUUUGUCGAUGGAGUCAAUGUGGCUCAGUUGGGUUUGCAUAAUCUAAGAAGCAAGAUAAGCGUUAUCUUACAGGACCCAGUCUUGUUUCCAGGUUCUCUCAGAAGGAAUCUUGAUCCUCUAAAAGAAUACUCGGAUGAAGAAAUCUGGAUGGCUCUGGAACUGGUUCUGCUCAAGGGUUUUGUUCUGGAUCUGCCGGACCGCUUGGCUUAUGAGUGCUCUGAAGGGGGUGGAAAUCUGAGCGUUGGUCAGCGCCAGCUUAUCUGCCUGGCCCGGGCAUUGCUUCGAAAAGCCCAGAUCCUGGUUCUUGAUGAAGCCACUGCUGCGGUGGAUCCCAAGACGGACCUACUGAUUCAAUCCACGAUAAAAACUCAUUUCAGCGAAUGCACUGUCCUGACCAUAGCCCAUCGUGUUCAGACCAUUAUGGACUGCGACAGGAUUCUAGUGAUGGAAAGUGGUCAGGUGGCAGAAUUUGAUACUCCAGAGACAUUAAUAGCCCAGAAAGGACUUUUCUACAGAAUGGCAGAAGAAUCAGGACUGGUAUGAUUAAGCUACAGGCAUGUUCAGUGCUGAAGAGAUGCUGGCGAUCCUUGUCGAAUGCUUUUCCUUGCAACAUCCCAGUCCAAUAGGUAACUGUUGCUCUUUCCAUAGAACUGAAAGGCAACUGAGGCUGAAAAAGGGACUUUCUCAAAGCCCGAGGUACAUCUGUGGAUAGUCAACCCAGAUUUCUAAGGCUCAGGUCUAGCAUGCAGGUAUCUGAGUAUCCCCACAUGCACAAAAAAAAAAGACUUGUGUCAGGGGUCUCCACCCUUUUUUGAGCCUGUGGACACAUUUGGAAUUCUGA